CAGACCUCAAUAGUUCAAUUAGGCCCCUGCUGUCUUUUUUCUUGGUUUUUUUUUAUGCUAGCUAGCUUCAUUUUACAGAAUAGACAUCAAAACUGGAAAUAGAUAGUUACCAAAACAUGAACAUCCUCGGUUGCAAUAUUUGGAAUUGGACCGUCAGUGUGAGAAGAGCUGCCAGGAUUUUUUCGUUUGCUAGAUUUUCGAUUGGUGGUGCUCAUGGCUUUCGAUGGAGAGAGAUGGGCAGAUGGCGAGUGGCGACUGCCGUCGACGAGGGGCGACAAUGGGGGCCCUGCGCCUGCACUGCUGGAAGCUGGAUGGUGGUGGCUGACUGGCUGUCGUGCUCUGCUCUGCUACCCCCGGCGCCGGCGGUGACUCAUGGUGCAGAGAUGGAGGGCGGCGACUCUCGACUCUCGAGACUCGAGUUGUUGUUGGGAGGCAGGCGUGGCGGCGACUGGAAAUCAGUGAUGGGAGGGCGGCGGCGACGGCGACUGAGGGUCGGGAGACGGAACGGAAUGGAGUUUUGGCUGCUGGUCGCUGGAGGGUCGGGAGACGAUCGAUUCGAAGGAGACUGGCUGGCGGCUGCUGGAGGUGGAGGGCGAGACUCGAGAGGCAGAGAGGAGAGGCAGAGGCCGAGAGGGUUAGGGGUUGUUAGGGCUUGUUUCGGUUGGGAUUGGGUCAUUGGGAGGCUGGCUGCUGGGCUGGGUUUCUUCAAUUGGGUUUGGGCUUGCAGCCCAGCCCUUGCCCCUUGGCCCAUUACCACUUACUAGCUUAUACAACAUUUCGGUUUA